GGACCCCGAGUGGGGCUAACUGCGAGGAGGCCUCCCGGCCAGGCAAGGCCCUGGUGCGCUGCCGUUGUUGGAGAAGUUGUGGUUUCCGUCUGAUGUUUCCCUCAUCCCCAUAAACCGUCCUUCCGUGUGUCUUCCGUGGAACCACUGUACCGCUCCGACUCCAUCACCGCAUCAGCAUGGCCAUUUCAUCACGACUCGCCCUGUGGGAGCAAAAGAUCCGGGAAGAAGACAAGAUCCCCCCACCCACCUCCCCACCCCCACUCUUCUCCGUCAUUCCGGGGGGCUUCAUCAGGCAGCUGGUCCGGGAGACCGAGAAGGAGGCCAAGGACCUGAAGCGGAAAAAGAAAGCGGAGGUGGCCACCGCUCAGGAGACGCAAGAGGCACCGGGUCAGAAGGCCCCGGAUCCCGAGCGGAAGAGCGCCCCUGUCAAGCGGACACCCCCCGAUGGCAGUCCUGCAGCCGGCCCAACCGAAGAGCUGGUCCCGAAGGAGGAGGAGAGCAUCCCUCCAGGCAAAAAGGACCAGCAGACUGGGACCGGCCGGUCAGCCACGACCAGUGUCAGUGAGGAGACGCCCCCUCCGAGGAGAUCCCUCGCCAUCAGCAGAGGCCCAGGGAAGUGUCCGGGAGGGUCCAGCGUCCAGGCGGCAGGGAAGGCCUGGCCAGGGGUGGUGGCGGAGCCCUCCGGCCUGGACCAGAGUCCCCGGGCCUGUGAGCCCCUAGCUCCGGACAAGGCUGCGGAGAAGGGGGUCGGUGAUCUGGGGAGCUACUCGGGCCUCCGGCCUGGGGGUCAGGGCUCGGUCAGACCAGGAGGGGCCCUGGGGAGUGUGGAUCUGGGCAGAGGAACCACACUUCUGACGAAGGGCGGGAACUUCCAAACCGCAGAGGGGAAGCGGGCAGAAACCCAGGCCGGAGGGACACCAGGGACUGGUCCCCAGGACCGCCGCCAGGAGCGGAACCAGGCCCAAAGCCAGGGGAUGAAAGAGUGUGACCCUGAGGUGAGCCAGCAUCAGGAGUCCGCAGGCAGAGAGGGCCAACCCCACCCAGGUGUGGCCAAGGGGAAGGAACCCCGAAAGGAGUCGGAACCUGGGGACUGGUCCUUAGGAGCAGUGGGAAUGAGGGAUGAGGCUCAGAUUAGAGCGGAGAAGGGGGCAGAGCCCCAAAAGGGAGCAGGGAAGGGAAGUAAGUCCCAGGUGCAAGUGAGAAAGUGGGAGAAAUCCCAGGCUAAAGUAGGAAAAAUGGAUGAGCCCUCAGCCAAGACUGGAGGGGAGACUGGACCCCAAGCCAAGAGUGGAGACGAGACUGGACCCCAGGACAAGACCAGAGGACAGUCUGGACCUCAGGCCAAGAUAGAAAAGGAGACUGAUUUUGGCUGGAGGAACGGAUCGCAAAAGGCCCUGGGGUCAGAGAACCAAGGGCAAACCAGAGGGCCAGGUAGGGAAGAGCCCAGCCAUGGCAUGAGAAGUGGCGGGGAAGCUCAGAGGAAAGAGGCAGACGGAAACGAACCCCAGACCUCGGCGGCUGGAGGUCCCGGGCCUCAAACCGACAAGAAGAGUGGAGGAGAGACAGCCACGGUGCUGGAGCAAGAAGAUGGGGAACAGGGACAAGAUGGUGACUCGGACCAGGAGUCAGAAGACAGAUGGUAUGAAACAGAGAAAGUCUGGCUGGUGCAGAAAGAUGGAUUCGUUCUGGCGACAGUGAUGAAGCCGGACGUGGGGACCCCCGAGCUGGCGGCCGGAAGGGUGAGGCUGCGCCUGGAAGCGGAUGACAGCAUCACCGAGGUGGAUGAGGAGAACAUCCAGCGGGCCAACCCGGCUGAGUACGACCUGGCCGACAAUCUGGCCGCCCUGACCAGCCUCAAUGAGUCGAGCGUCUUGAACACGCUGAGGCACCGCUACUGGGCCCGGCUCACCCACACCUUCGCGGGCCCCGACCUGAUCGCCCUGCAGCCCGGGAGGGCCACAGACCCCGACGCCAUGAAGGUGCCGCGAGGGCGUCGGGCUGGGUUGCCACCCCAUGUCUGCUCCCUGGCCCAGAGGGCCUACUGGGCCAUGCUGGGCCAGCGCCAGGACCAAGCCAUCGUCCCUCUGGGCCGCAGCGGCGCUGGCAAGACGGCCACCUGCCAGCAGGCCCUGGAGCACCUGGUCAGCCUCGCCGGCUCCGUGAACGGAUUCCUCUCAGUGGAGAAGAUCCGGGCCAUGUUCACAGUCCUUCGCGCCUUCGGCUCCGUGUCCGGCGGCCACCCUGGCGGUUCCACCCGCUUCUCCAUGAUCGCCUCCCUGGACUUCAGCGCCGCGGGCCGCGUCGUCGCCGCCCACCUCCAGACUCUGCUGCUGGAGAGGGUGAGAGUGGCCCAGCAGCCGGAAGGAGAAAGCAACUUCCUGGUGUUCUCCCAGAUGCUGGCUGGAUUAGACCUGGACCUCAGGACGGAGCUGUUCCUGCACCAGAUGGCCGAGAGCAACGCCUUCGGCAUGGGCUUCUGGUCCAAGGCUGAAGAAAAGCAGAAAGCCGCAGCAGCCUUUACCCAGCUGCAAGCGGCCAUGACGACCCUGGGCAUCUUGGCCAGUGAGCAGAGAGCUAUCUGGAGGGUGCUAGCCGCCAUCUAUCACCUGGGAGCUGCUGGGGCCUGUAAAGUGGGCAGGAAGCAGUUCAUGCGGUUCGAGUGGGCCAACCAGGCCGCGGCCGUGCUGGGCUGUGACUACGAGGAGCUGAGCAGCGCCGUGUUCAAGCACCACCUCCUCCACAUCAUCGAGCAGGUCACCGCCGGACGGAGCCGAGGGCCGCGGCCAGACCAGGAGCAGCCCAGGCCAGGGCCCAAGAUGACCGGGGUGGAGUGUGUGGAGGGAAUAGCUUCAGGCCUCUACGAAGAGCUGUUCGCCGUCAUCGUCUCGCUCAUCAACAGGUCGUUGACUCCCAACCAGCUGUCUGUGGCGUCCAUCUCGGUGGUGGACACGGCGGGCUUUCAGAACCCCCGCCACCAGAAGAAGGAGCGAGCGGCCACGUUCGAGGAGCUGUGCCACAACUACGUCUACGAGCGCCUGCAGGCCUUAUUCUUCGAGAGAACCUUCGUAUCCACGCUGGACAGGAUCAAGGAGGAAAACAUCAAGGUGCAUUUUGAGCUCCCCGAGCAGUCUCCAGCGCCCACCGUGGCUGCCAUCGAUCAAAAUGCCCUACAGUGGCGGACGCCAAUCGGGGCUGCGGCCGAAGAGGCUCAGGGCCUGUUCUGGCUCUUGGAUGAAGAGGCCCAGGUGGAGGGCUCCAGUGACAGCGUCGUCCUUGAUCGCCUCUGUGCCGCCUUUGGCCAGAAGGGACCCGAUUCUACAGGGGCGGCGGCGGUGCGCAGGUGCGAGCAGGCUGUGCAGAUGGAGCUGUCCCACCAGCUGGGCCGGGACCCCGUGCGCUACGACCUGAGCGGCUGGCUCCGGAAGGCCAGGCCCAACCUGUCGGCCAACAACGCCGGCCGCCUGCUGCAGCAGUCGCAAAGGGAGGAGGUGCGGAGCCUGUUCCUGCCCCGCUCCCAGCUUUCCGUCCCGUGCCGCUCGCUGUCCGGCCUGGACGUGCGCUCCCAGCAGGCCCUGCGCAGGAUCGGCUGCGUGAGGAAGACUUUCGCCAGCAGCUUCGCCGUGGUGAGGGGGCACUCCGUGUGUGCCCAGAUCAAGCUUCAGGCGGACGCCUUGGUCAGCGUCAUCCGCCGGGCCCAGGUGCAUUUCGUCCACUGCCUGGUGCCCCGGGCGGACGUGGCCAGUCCGGAAGGCCGCCACCCGUCGGUGCCCCCCAGCGAAGCCGCGGCCGGGCCGGGCGACCUUCCCGUGGACAUCCCCGUCCUGAGAGCCCAGCUGGCCGGAGCCCAGGUCCUGGAUGCCCUGCGACUCCACAGGACAGGCUACCCUGACCACAUGGGAUUCCCACAAUUCCGCCGGCAGUUCCAGGUGUUGGCACCACUGUUCGUGAAGAAUCUUCCAUCAGCUUCCGAGGGAAUCAACGAGGGGAAGGCCGUACGGGAGCUCUUGGAAGCCCUGGAUCUGGAGAAGAGGAGCGUCCGUGUGGGCCACAGUCAGGUUUUCCUCAAGGCCGGGGUCCGAGCCAGGCUGGAGAAGGAGCGUGAGAAGCUCGUUUCCCAGAAUGUGGUUCCCUUUCAAGCAGUCUGCAAGGGCUUCCUGUCCAGACAGAAAUUCAAGCGAGCCAAGAUGGAGCGCCUGGCGGCCCAGUGCAUCCAGAAAAACCUGCGGGCUUACGAGGCGGUUGAGGACUGGCCCUGGUGGCGACUGCUGGCCGCCGUCCGGCCCCUACUCAGCACCGCCCUGGAGGCCCACCAGCUCCGGGCCAAGGAGGAGGAGCUGGAGGCCCUGAGGAGGAAACUCGACAAGUCGGAGAAGGCACGGAACGAACUUCGGCAGAACGCUGAUCAGCUGGGAAGCAAGAUCGCUGACCUGACCAUGGAGCUCUCAGACGAGCGGUUCAAGGGGGACGUGGCCAGCCGCGUCCUGGAAAGUGCACGAGCCGAGAGUCUGCGCGCCUCCAGAGAGAUCAGGGAGCUGAAGUGUAAAUAUGAGCAAGCGCAGAAGAAUCUGGGGGUGGUUGAGAAGCAGCUGGAGGAAGCCCAGAAGAAAAUUCAGCUCUACGAAUCGGAAAAAAGUAACUCGAUAGGAGACGACGGGUGGCAGACACGUUUCGACUGCGCUCAGCUGGAAAUGGAGUUCCUGCGGAAGCGGCUCCUGCAGUGUGAGGAAAGGCUAGAGUCGGAGCUGAGCUCCCGGCGGGAACUGGACCAGAAGCUAGGGGAGGCGCAGAGUGCUCUUGAAGGGGCCAAGAAGGCGGCCCAGCAGCUGAAGAGAAAAUGCCGCCAUCUGACCUGUGACCUGGAAGAUGCUCGAGUCCUGCUAGAAAGUCAGCAGAGCCGCAACCACGAGCUGGAGAAGAGACAGAAACGGUUUGAUAUACAGCUGGUCCAAGCCCUGGGGGAGUCACGGUUCGAAAAGAGCCUCCGGGAAAAGGUGACCCAGGAGAACACCUCCAUCAGGUGGGAGUUCAGCAAGCUGCAGCAGAAGUUGGAGCAAAAAGAAGAAGAAGCUUCGGCUCUGAAGCAGCGAGUAGCCUUGUUGGGGUCCCGCAUCCAGGAGCUGUCCGCCCCCCAGCCGCCCCACGGAAACACUGUAGCCGCCCUGAAGAAGCAGCUCUGGGAUCUGGAAGCCAACGCGGCCGAGCAAGAGAGAACCCUGAGCCAGCAGGAAAACACAAUCCAGCAACUGGAGCAGCUACGCCACCGCUUCGAGCUGGAAAUCGAGAGGAUGAAGCAGAUGCAUCAGAAGGAGGAGGAGGACAAGGAGGAGGAGCUGGAAGAUGUGCGCCAGUCCUGCCAGAAGCGGCUUCGCCAGCUGGAGAUGCAAUUGGAACAGGAAUAUGAGGAGAAGCAGAAGAACCUCCACGAGAAGCAUGACUUGGAAGGGCUCAUCGCGACCCUGUGCGAGCAGAUUGGCCACCGGGACUUUGACGUGGAGAAGCGCCUCCGGAGAGACUUGAAGAGAACCCAUGCCCUCCUGGCUGAUGCCCAGCUCCUGCUGGGGACCAUGGGGGAGACCGGGAAUACGGGUGCCAAGGAAGAGCUGGACAAGGCCCGUGCUCAGCUGCAGGACAGCGAGGCCAGAUGUCUGGAGGCCCAGAAGAUGCAAAAGAGCAUGGCAGCUGAGUUGGAGAACUUGCACAUGGAGUUGGAGGGAAUCACCAGGAAUAAGAUUCUGGUGGAGGAGCAGCUGUACCAGCUGCAGCACGAGCGAGCUGACCUCCUCAGGCGCCUCGACGAAGACCAAGAGGACCUGAACGACAUCCUGACAAAGCACAAAAACCUCAUUGCCCAGUCCGCCGCUGACAUCGCUCAGAUCCGAGAGCUCCAGCAGCAGCUGGAGGAAGCCAAGCAGGAGAAGCAAAGCCUCCAGGAGAAGCUGCAGGCAACCGAGGGGCGGCUGGACUUCCUGGAGCGAAGCACGGUGGAGCGCGGCAUCGUCAGCAGACAGGAAGCCAUCAUCUGUGACCUGGAGAACAAGCUGGACUUCCAGUCCGUGCAGAUCAAGAGAUUGGAGGUGCUGGUUUUCCGCCUGCGAGGCAGUGUACUGAAGAUGGGUGAGGAGCUGGACAAGGCCGCGGAGGCAGAGAGCCGCGAGCGGGAGAACAGCCGCUACUACCAGAGGAGGCUGGAGGAGCUGAAAGCCGAGCUGGACGAGCUGGCGGAGCGGGAACUCGGGGCCGGACGCCGGCGGGUGGAGCUGGAGAAGCACGUGGAAGAACUGUCGGCUGCGAGGCAGACGUUGCAGGCGGACCUCGAGACGGCCAUCAGGCGGAUCGCCGAUCUUCAGCUCGCCCUGGAAGAGGUGGAGUCUAGUGACGACAGCGACACCGAAAGUGUCCAGACCACGCUGGAGUCUACAUGUUCCCCCAGGCGGCGGGCGAGCGGGUCACCGGCGGGCUCGGCCACGAGCUCUCACCCGCAAGCGAGCGUCGGAUCCUGGCUGAGCACCUCCCUGGGCUGGUCCUCGCCGUCCCGCGCCAGCGGAGCCCGGAGCCUCUGCAGUCAGCCUGCUGAUCGCCUCAGCGUCCUCAGCCCCAGGUUGAACAGGGAAUCCAGAGACCAGCUUCCAAGCCCAGUGGCCUCUCGGGUGAGCCCAAGCCGGGGAGUCCCUGGAGAAAACUGGGGAGACGGAAACUUUGAUCGUCUCUCCCUCUCAUCUCUCAGAACCGUGAGGCACGAUUUCGGCAAGCCGGAAGACGGCGAGAGUCCGGGCAGCUGGAGAAAACCCAUAGAGGGCAGCGGGACCCUGUCUCCCCCGGCCCCGAGGGGAAGCUCGGCCCCGCCGUCGGAAGCAAGACUCCCGAGUCCUUCGCUGGCCCUGUCGGAAUUUGUCGAAGAACUGAGGAGAAAAAGACGGUGGCAGAAGGAGCAAGGAACCCUGGGAUGGGAGGACCCUUCCCCCUUGCCCAUCUACCAGACCACAGGGGCCUCUGCUCUGAGGAGAUCCAGAGGCGUGCGAGAGAGCGGCCUGUUGUCCCCCACGUGUGGGGAGAGCCCUCGCCCCACCCCGGGCCUGGUGCGCUCCACCAGCCUGAGGAGUCUCGCCACCGACGCCGUGGACACCAUCUCGCCUGGGCCGGGGGAAAGGAGGGCCAGAUUUGGAUCCUGCGAGUCCAUCUUCGGGGCCGGAGACUGUGACCGGAGUUCCAGCCAGAAGCUGGGCCGCACAGGGUCGUCUUCGGAAGACGCGGCGUCCCCCGUCCUGGCCCGGGCCCCACUGGUGUUCCGGAACAGGCAGUUCUCUGGCCUUCUGGGCGAGCUAGGGGACGACGACCCUGUCACGCCCGGGCUGCCCCGGCUCCGCUAUGACCUGGUGACGCAAGUCGAUUUCGACGACUUUCUCCCAGCCAUCCGGAAGCCGGAGUCUCCCGGGUUCGAGAGGGACGGGAGAGGAGGUUGGGUGCCGCCACCCGGGCUCUUGGAAGGAGGGGCUCCAGGGGGCCGUUUCGAUCCCGGGGUCGCGGCCGUUCCGAAGAAAAACCCAGAUCCCAACACAGAGCUCGGCCACCUUUCCGACUCGUCCUCGUCUUCCAGUUCCGUCUUCUCCUACAAAAGCGCCGACAGCAUAAAGAGUCGGCCGGGAUCACAGGGAUUGGGAGGGAUCAUCUCCGCCAGGACGGACGCCCCCGGGGAGCGGCAGGAAGCUGGGCGCUCGGAGGCCGAAGGGGAAGAAGGCAGCCUCGAAAGUAUCAUGAAGAAAUAUCUUGGAUAGUAGGAUGCAAGUGUCCAGAAUGGAGCUUUUUUUCCUCGACGUGUUCUGAACUCCUUAGACGUUUGAAGAGAAAGCUGUGUGAAGGUUCCGAUGACCCUUUCCUGCAUAGAGCAGUGCCUACCCAAAAGCACAGUUCGAUCGGAAGCGGAUGCAGGAGGAGAGAACACUGUGCUUGGAAAAUAAAAAUAAAACACGUUUGCUUCUUUGAAUGUGCA